UCAGUAUUUCAAAUAAUCGUACUUUACGUUUUGAUUUUUUACAAAUAAUUGGGGAGUGUGCAAUUACAAUUAUGAGUAUAUUUGCAAUGUGCUAUUCGAAAUACAUCGCCUGGUAUUUUUAUUAUACUGAUAUAUGUAAUUUUGCAGGCUGGGGUGAGGGAGGUGUGAGAGCGAGAUAGGGUGUCUCUCUCACCAGUCACCGCUAUAGAUGAUGGUUGAUUGGAGCGAAUGACGAGAGAGUCAAUGUUUUUGACAUGGAAUGGUUUUUAAAAACCCUAUGAAGAUGCAUUUAAAAAUACACAUUAUUUUUUUUUUUAAAUGGUAAAUAACCACAAUAAAAAAUAAUAAAGAAUAACAUUAAAGAUUUUUUUAAUAUUAAGGUCGAUUUAUUUUUAAAUCGGGCAUGACAAGCAAUGAUACUGAAGGUAUACAUUGCUUGCACCUAUGAUCAUGUAAGUACACGUUGUCGUGUAGAGCAAACAAUUGGAAUGUUUACCAAUAUAUGGAGAGUCAUUAAAAGAGCUCGAAAACUUAUGUAUGAACCACAGAAGUUUGCUGAAAUUGUAAAUGCUUGUGCAAUAUUGUACAAUUACAGAAGAAGACACGGCAUUGUUGAUGAUCCUGUGCUACGAGUAGCCCCACGUAAUCGACCAGUACGUAACCGCAACAUGGAUCACCCUGCAGGAAUUGCAGAAAGGAAUCGAAUAAUUCAAGAAUAUUAUAGGUAGCAUUUAGCUUUUUCUAAAUUGUAAUGUACAAUUCGUGGUACAGAAUAAGUUAUAAAAGUGUAUGAUUGUAUAAUAAUUAAAAAAUUAAUAAAUCAACAUAAAUAUUACAAA